AUGAAUGAAGUGUACGUUGUUCAAUGUACUUGUAACUUAUAUUUAAAUUUGUCGGCAUGUAUUUGCUCAGAAAUGUCAGAGAUAAAGUAUAAAAAUCAAAUUUUGGCAGCGAUUGAUCAUUUACGUUCCCGAAAAUCGAGACCAGAUAUAAACAGAAUUUGUAAGUUUAUGCUCAAGUGUUAUAAAGUAACACCGAAAGACACAAAGGCGGAUCUUAAACGUUGUUUAAAAGAGAAAAGUAUCUAUAAAGUCGAUUAUAAAGAUAAUGUAAGCUACAGAAACGCUGCUAAGUGGCGAAAAAAGUCAUCACAUAAUCACAAAAUGAGUGCUUCUGUUGCUACUAGUGAACGACGAAUAAUAACAUCAGCAAUUGCUACUUUAAUAUAUCAAGAUCAAAGUUACUUAGAAAAUGGUAUUGCUUUUGAUGAUCUUGUAAAAGUAGCUGCUUCUCAAGAAUCUAAAUAUAGCAAGAAACAAUUAGAGACAAUUAUUAAUAAGGAGCUUAUAUCUGGAAGCUUAGUGAAGCUACCAAAUGGUACUUUAGCUCUUGGUCCAGCUGAUCAUGAUGGAGACAGCUCAGACAGUUUUAAAUUUGAAUAUACUGAUUCAAAUACAAAGAUGACAUCUUCUGCUAAUUCUUCAUGUAGAUCAUCACCACAGCGCACAAGGGGAAGGCCAAAAAAGUCUAGAGGCGGUGGUACAUCAUGUAAUAGUGUAAAUAGUAAUAGUAACACUCAAAAUACAGGAGUUAGAGUCGGGGAAAGACGUAAAAUGGCUAAGAAAGUGUUUGAUCCAUCUGAUCAUAAUGUUCCAAGUAAGCGUAAAAGAGGUAGGCCUGUCGGAUCUUUAAAUAAAAGUACAAUUAGAAAACGAAUGUUAAAUGAAAAAAAUGAAAAAGACAAAGAGGACACUCCGUUAUCUGAAAGCCAACAAUCAUUUGACGGAAGUGCAGAUGAGUUGGAACAUGAAGAACCAGUACCUCAUGAAACUUCUGGUGUCUGUUCUGUUUGUCUAGUACAAAAACCAAGAGGUUCUAAUGAUAGACUAGUGGAAUGCCGAGAUUGCAAUAAUAAAGCACAUUUGAGCUGUCUUCAAUCUGGUUCGGGUAUUUUGAAGCCAAGGCCUGAUAAUACAUGGCAGUGUCCACAUUGUAAAACUUGUGUUAUCUGUUGUGAAACCAAUGAUGCUGGUAUUUUGACUGUGUGUAGUAUAUGCUCAGAUGCAUAUCAUGCAUUGUGUCAUUCACCUCGAAUACCUGAAAGACUUAAAGCAUGGGACCAAUGGGAAUGCAACAAUUGCUUAGAAUCUCGACCCACAAUUGCAGGGUCACCAGCAAUAGUACCAAAUAACAUAGAUUAUACUGCAAAAGGAUCAUUAACGGACCCAUUUUUAAAACCACAUGAAUUAGAUAGGGCUCAGACAAAACUAUCUGAUGUUCCCGUAGAUCCAAAUAUUCCCGAUAUUACUAAUUGGAAUGUAGAUGAUGUAUAUGAUUAUUUUUCUGAACAUUUACCUGAAGCUGCUCCUAUAUUACGGGAACAGGAAUUUGAUGGACAAGCCUUAAGUAUGGCAAGACGAGCAGACAUUGUAAGAGGUCUAGGACUACCACUUGGCCCAGCCCUAGCAUUAUACCGAAUUAUAGUAAAAUUACAAACAAGAAAAGACGAUUGGACGAUGUGUUGGGGU